UUGUGAGGCAUUCCUAAUGGUGCUGUUUGCUGUGCAGAUUUCUGACAACUGGCCUGGAUACAGCCUGGAUUUGUUCACUUACCCCCAGCACUACUACGGGGAUCUGGAGUACGUGCUCAUCCCCCACGGCAUCAUUGUUGACAGGACAGAGCGGUUGGCCAAAGAUAUCGUGCAAGACAUUGGAGACAAUGACAUUGUGGUUCUCUGUGUCCUCAAAGGUGGCUACAAGUUCUGUGCUGACCUCGUGGAGCACAUUAAAAAUCUCAGCAGGAAUUCAGAAAGGUUCAUCUCCAUGAAAGUGGAGUUUGUUAGACUGAGAAGCUACCACAAUGACCAGUCCAUGCAAGAUAUGCAGAUCAUGGGAGGAGAUGACCUUUCAAAGCUGACUGGGAAGAACGUUCUGAUCGUGGAGGAUAUUGUUGGAACUGGAAGGACUAUGAAGGUUCUGCUUAAUAAUAUAGAAAAAUACAGGCCAAAAAUGAUUAAGGUGGCAAGUUUGUUGGUGAAAAGAACAUCUCAGCCUGACGGGUACAGACCAGACUAUUAUGGAUUUGAAAUUCCAGAUCUGUUUGUGGUAGGUUAUGCCUUGGACUACAACGAGCACUUCAGAGACCUGAACCACAUUUGUGUCAUCAACGACCAUGGCAAAGCAAAAUACAGAGUCUGAAGCAGGAGCAGCCUCACCUGAAGAUCUGCAAGCUCAGUGAAGCAGUGAUUUGACUACACUCCCUCAAGCAUCUCCCAGAAGAGCAGAUCAAAUGACUUCUGUUCCUUUCAGCUUAGUAUAAUGAAGGUUUAACUCUAGAGAUACUGAUUAAUAUUUACAGGAGUGAGAGCUUUUAUCUAAACUGUGAAGUAGAAGUUACUACCUUUGUAGAGUAUUCAAAGUGCCACCUAAGAUGCCUUUUUGACUCAUGCUAUGUCUGCCUCGUGUCUCUCUGUGAAUGCAUGUUUGUUGUUCAGACCAUCAUUCUACCCUCUGCAAUCCAUGUGCUUCACUGUGGCACAGCAUCACUCAAAAGUGCCAUUCUGGGGAUUAUUUUACAGGAUGUUACUGACUUCAGCAUCACAGGGUCACAGCUCACAGGAUGUUAGGGGUUGGAAGGGACCUUGGGAGAUCAUCAAGUCCAACCCCCCUGCCAGAGCAGGAGCAUGGAAUCCAGCACAGGUCACACAGAACACAUCCAGACAGGGCUGGAAAGGCUCCAGAGGAGACUCCACAACCCCUCUGGGCAGCCUGCUCCAGGGCUCUGUGAUACUUACAGGGAAGAAGUUCUUCCCCAUGUUGAGGUGGGACCUCCUGUGCUGUAAUUUAUAUCCAUUGUCCCUUGUCCUGUCACAGGGCACAAUGAGCAGAGGCUGUCCCUGUCCCUUCCUUC